AAUGAGGAUGCGACCGUGUGCAAUGAAGGAGGACGGCCGGCUGCGAACCGCAUCCUCAGUCCGGCGCACUUUGUCCCGUCUAUCAAUGUGCCGUCUCGUCCGAACUGUCCGCGACAUGACUGAUUUAUUCUCAAAGAUUUACUGUGCAAUUGUUUUCCUUUUGUUAUGCGAGACGAACACGUACUCCCUCGUCUCGCACAUCUGCACCGCGAGUACGCGGACUUCUGCAGAUAUGGAAUAUUCAUCGACGCCCGCGGACGGAUCAAUGUCGAUCUUCGAGGAGAUGGAGAACCGACUGUCGAGCCUCGAACGCAGAUUGCGAGCGGUCGAGCAUCCCGUUUGGCAGAUCAGCUUGAGAGAGGAGGACUGGGAGGUUUGUGCCGAGGGACCGUGUAAGUGCGUACCGGAAAUGAAAUCGGUGUCCUGCUGGAGAUACAAUCUGAUGGAUCUACCCCCGACGCAAUUGGUUCCCGCCAACGUGCUGAGACUAGAUCUCGGGAGUAAUCGACUCAGCGCUCUGCACAGAGAUACGUUUAUGAAUAUGACGCAGUUGCACCAUCUAGAUCUGAGCAGCAAUUUAAUCGAGCAUUUGGCGCCCAGGUUGUUCUUGUCAUUACACAGUAUCGCAAAUGUCAGGUUGAGUAACAAUCUCUUGAAGGAAAUGCAACGUAGUCAAUUUUUUGGACUAAGGAAUCUUCGAAUACUCGAUUUAUCGUCAAAUAAACUCCGUACUUUGCCGGAAGAUCUUUUCUUGAGCAACGGCCACUUGGCUUUAUUGGAUCUCUCCUCCAAUCGCAUUUCGUUAUUACCUCCCGGUGCAUUUCGUGGUCUCGGGAAUCUUGAUGAAUUGCUGCUGGGUAAAAAUCGACUAGUCGGAUUACCCGUUUCAAUUUUCCGGGAUAUUACUAAACUUAGACGCCUUGCGCUCGAGGAAAAUCGUUUGAAAGAGCUGCCUAACGGUGUAUUCCAAGAUCUGACGUCUCUCAAAGAGUUGAAUAUGCGGAACAAUCGCUUGAUGGAGCUGCCUAAAGGAUUGUUUUUGACCCUGGCACAAUUGGAAAUUCUGGAAAUAUCGAGCAAUAGAAUAUCUCGUAUUGAUGCAAGAGCCUUUCACGAUAUGAUAGCACUUCGAGAACUUCGAUUAGGACACAAUCACAUAAAAUACUUGCCACCUGGAUUAUUCAACAAUUCUAUAUCUUUGGAACGUCUUAUUCUCUAUGGCAAUCGCAUAGAAAUCCUAGUAAGAGGCGUUUUUCGCGGCUUGUUCAAUCUCACUUCUCUUUUCCUGCAAUCCAAUCGACUGAGGAUACUACAAUCAGGAGUUUUUGAGGACACGCCGAACUUACGGAAGCUGCAACUGGAAUCGAAUGACCUCUCCUUCUUGCCAGCUGGUAGUAUGGACGCCGUAUCCACGAUUCAGCAAGUACGUCUGAGUCAAAAUCCCUGGCAUUGUGAUUGCCGUGCCUCUUACGUUGCUUCUUGGCUGCGCAAAAGAUUCGCCAGCUUCGCGAAUUUGACCAAUCCGGUGCAGAUACAGCGGGUUUUAAUCAUGACAGGCAAUUGGAGCAUCUGGGAAUUUGGGGCUGGUGCAAUAUGCAGGGGUCCAGGUAUACUAGGCGGCCAGUCGCUGCUACGUCUGACCUUUCACGAACUUUGCGAGGGUCAGUGGGCCUCCAUGAAGGGUAUCAUACCACGAUUACCCCUCGAUGUUAUAGCACCGUCCGUCACGCCGCAAGCAGCUAGGAAGGACACGAUUUUUGUGUAAAAGACGUGGAGACUCAGCUUUCUAAAUUUUCUGCAGAGAAUGGAAUAUUGCGCAAUGCACAGGACAUUUGAUGAUGAUUAGCGUGUCUUUUAAAAUUUCGAAACGAUUACAUUAAACUUGUAAUUAUUAAAUAAA